AUGGCGACGUUCACGGAGCAUAUCUCCGCCGCGGCUCAAAUGGUCAAUGAUCCUGAUGUGGCAACAGAGCUCGCAUUCCAACUAGAUGCUCUGGGUUUGGGAUCAGCCCUCCCGCCCGUCAUGAAUAGCAAGACCUCAAUGGCUCAACGACAGCAGUCGAGCCCGACAUUGUACAAUCAUCACAAUCCCUCGCAGCAAAAUCAACAUAAGCAGCAUCAGCAAGCACUUCUUAACGCUAUAUUAGGAACUCAACAGCAACGACCUUCUGCCGGUCCAUCCCCUCAGGAUAUACUCGCUCUCCUCGAACUUCAACAAGCGCAGGCCGCCGUCACUCAGAAUGCUCAUCUUCACGCCCAACUCGCCCUGCAGGUCCAGGCUCAACAGGCUAUACUGGCCGCUCAGACACGUCAAAACAUGUCAAGCGCUCAACAACAGUACCUCCAACAGCUGGCUAUCGCUGCUCUACCCACCGCUCGCUCACCUUUGGCUCAAAAGGAUCCCGCGAUCCGGAUCCAGGAUCGACGAUCAUCUACAAAAGGGCGUCACGGCAAAGCUGACAUCGAUACCGAGUCCCGUACACGUUUCGAAAGUACUCCCGUCCCUUCGCCCCGACUACCAGCGUACGCUACGCCUCAAAUGCAGACACUCUCUGCGUUCCCAUCGGCUCAUUCACCAUUCACAAGGGAUGUCUCUUGGCAAUCUUCGUUUUCUCCUUCAGCCGGCGGCGGAUCUCCAGCACCCAAUGCAAUGCGAACGUCCGAAUCGCCAGCUAGUAAUCUGGCUCAAAAUUGCCGACCUGGAGGAGCCGCCGCUCUCUCAGCUCUUCUGUCUCGUAGGACUGGGACCGAGGGAGCCUUGCCAUCCGGUGAGGCUCGAUCGCCUUCUCCGCCCUCGCCAUCGUCUCCCGUGAAGAACAAUGAGGCAAUCUACACCAACCCGACCGCUGAAUCACUUUCGCGCGCUUUGUUAGGACAUGGCAGACCUGGGAACGUGCAAUCUGCAGAGCGAGCAUGGACCUUAUCUGCGGCCGACAUGGCGAAUGCAAAAUCACACAUAGACGUCGCUCCCAGAUCGGCCAGUUUCGCCGGCAUGAGUGUGCCUCGUACGGUCGUCGUCCGUCAACCAUUUGGCCCGCCAGGCGCUCCAAACGAAUUGGGAGAGAAGAACUUUCAAUCUCGUAUCCGCAAACAAGCUGGACGGGGAUUGGGACUCCUCAGUAGACGUGGCGACACCCCUGCGGCAACUCCCACCCUGGCCUGA